UUAAAAACAUUACUGAACAUAUCAUCGAAUUACAAAUUCAACUUUAUUAUCAAACAUUAAAAACAAAAAAAUAAAAUUAAUUUUUAAAAAUGGGAUUACGCACAUCUUUUGGAAAUUGUAUUGGCUGGAUCAACAUAUAUUGGUGGGGAUUUAUUGCCAUUAACAUUAGUUUCUUUUUGCUUAUAAUUGCCAUGAAACAAAUGUUUAUAACGAAGGAGAGUUUUGAGGAAGAAGAUGCAAUUGCCUUCACCUGGUUUUGCAGUGUUGCAUUUGCGGUUUGUGUUUUGAUUAUCACAGUAUCGGCACUUCUUGUCAGGGGCAUUAAAGAGAAGCGUCCAAAAGCAAUGAUUCCUUUCCUUCUGUUUACAUUCACUCAAAUAAUUGCCUACCUAUGUGGUGCCAUUGUUAUAUCAUUGAGCUAUGCUGAUAAUACAGUUCUUUUUGUUCUUGUGGUCAAUAUGGUUAUACAAAGUGCAAUAUUCAUACCCAUAUUCAGUCUUUAUCGAACAAUGCAAAAGAAGCGAUUUCAUAAUCCUGCAGAUAAUACAAAAAAUGCUAAUUCAAUCUGA